AUGGCGGCGAGUACCACCAGUGUCAUGGAGAAGGGAAGCGACCAACGACCGACGGGUGUCGGGUCGCAGGAGGAGGAGGAGGAGAUUCCCGAGUUCAAGGAGGUGGCGGUUACGCUGGCUACGGGUGAAAGGGUAGCGGUACUGCGUCGCAACAUCGAGGAAGACUUGCAAGUUGAUGCUUCCUUUUUCGAUGAGGACUACACGGUGGCGGCGGCCACCGGAUGCAGUGUGUGGGAGGGUAGCUACUACAUGCUGGCCUGGUGGCAAGAGGAAGCACAAGCCGCAUUGCGGUCUUGCAAGGUCCUCGAACUGGGCUCAGGUACCGGGCUCUUAGGCUUGGCUAUUGCAACACUUGGAGCUCGCACGCUCCUGACCGAUGUCAAGUCGGUUGUGCGUGAGAUGUUGGACAUGAACAUUGCGCGCAACAGUGCUUACGGCACUGACGCUCCCGAAUCGAAGGCCCCUGACGGCUCGGCCCAAUGUUCGUGGCCGGGGCCGGCGACGUGUGCAGUCGGGCACGGAUGGGCAGCUGCGCGCCCUCUGGAUUGGACCGUGAGCUUGGAGAAGCAAUUUCCCCUGCAGGAGGGCCAUCCCGCCGAUGCCGAUGUGCUCAUUGGAGCUGAGACCGUGUGGCUCAAAGAAUUGAUCGAGCCGUAUGUGGUCACGGUGGUGGCACUUUUAGAGGCGCAUCGCCAGCGACACGGCACGGAGAUGGCUUGCUACAUGUGCUAUCGCAAUCGCGGGACGCAGACGUCCACUACUUUUGCCACGACCGAGGAACUGAUGGCCGCACUCCGCGAGCGAGGCUGUGUGGUGACCACUGUUGCUGAGGGCGUGACAGAAUAUGCUCCAGAUAGCCUCUGCACCAUUUAUCAGAUUGCGCUGGGCCCAGUCAAGUGA